AUGGAAGAGACAAAUACAUUGAGUGACGCUGAAAUGAGGCUUAUUACAGUCAACGGACAAACAAUAAUGUUUGAAGGCGAUUUUGAAAAUAUAAGUGUAUCAAAUGAAUUUUUGGAUGAUACUUUUAUGGUUGAAAAUUCAAAAGUUAACGGUAGUGAAAGGUGCAAUAUAGAAAUUACUGAAAAUUCUGAUAUUACUAGUAUAAAAAAUAAUGAUGAGUCUUCUAAGUUCGAGAUAAGCAUUGAAGAAGAUAAUAAUGAACUCGAAACUGUUCAAAUAGGAGUCGACGAAGCCAAGGCUUUGGGUUUGUAUUUUUAUGAGUCUCCAAAAAGUGAAAAUGAUGUUUGGAAUAGCACAAGUAAAAAAACUCUAAAUGACAAAGAUAAAAAUAAUGAGGUGAAAAUUAAUUAUAAUUCAGCAGGUGAUAUUCAUCAUAUCCAUUCAGUGCCUAUUUUAGAAUAUUCAGUUCAAGAACCAGAAAAUUUAAUAUCGGUAAAUGAAGUAAUGGAGUAUAAUGAUGCUUCGAAUAAAUUACCUGAAGCUUCAGCAUGUCAUGUUGUACCUGAAUUAGAAAAACUUAAUUGCCAAUUUGCAAAUAUCAGUUCAAAUUUAUGUGCUGUGGAUAAUUCAGAAAGGUUUCAAACACCUGGACUGGAAAAUGGAGAACUUUUGCCACAGACUAUCGAUGCUAACAAACUAGUUGAUAGCAAUUACCAAACAAUCACUCUUGUACCUCAAGUAGUCAAUGGAAAUGUUACGUAUACAGUUCAUUUCUGUGAUUUACCUAAAGAAGUUAUCGAUAAGAAUGUAUGCAAUAUUAAUAAAACGAAAUCAGUUAUUAGUGACAUAGAACCUGUAAGAAAUCAUAUUGUUCAUUAUGAAACUAAUCCUGUUGAGCAUUUUAUUAAUUCAGUGCAGUCAAUUAAAAAUAAUGAAUCCAAAAAAAUUUUUCAAAAUAAUGUUUCAAAAUUAAAUAACAGUAAGAUUUCAAAUAAUAGUAUUUUAAACCCGUUAAGUGAUGAUAGUGUUUUGAAGUCAAAUUUAAAUUAUCACUUUACUUCCAUAGACAAUGAAACUUUAGUGAAUAAUUCACAAAAAGACAAUUUAACUAUUGAUGCAAAAAUCGAUAAUUUAAUAUCAGAAAAUGAAAAUGUUAUAUCUAGUUGUAAAAAAGUGAAAUACGGGAAAAAACUUAAAACAGUGGAUACACAAUCAGUAUUAUCAGCAUCGGACAAAGUGACAAAAAGUAAUUACUCAAAGACUAAAAAAGUUAAGUUUAAAAAUAAAGAUCUCAAAUUUAUAAGUGAUGAUGUGAAACAAAAAAGUUUUAAAAUGAGUUUGUUAAAGAAUGCUAGUGACCAGAAUUGUGAACCUUUAAAAACAAAAUUGGAAUCUGUGAAAGUGAAAAAUAUUAAUAAGACACCUCAUAUGAAUUUAAACGGUCGCCUGGAAUAUCCUAAUUUAAAAGCUAUUGAUGACACAGCAUCUUUAUCUUAUUUAAAAGUUAAAAGUCAGCAGGCAACUAAACAGCCUUAUUUUAAUGUUUUGCCUCAUCCGAAAGACAAGGUCAGUACUACUCAACAGAAGCAAAUGUUACCCCUGAAUUGUGAUUUCCAACAAGCGAAAAAUUUAAUUAGUUUACAAAAAUUUCUUGAAUCCCAAAAACUUCAGUUAAAAAUUCAGCCGAUUAUAAACAAUGGAAAUAAAAUAAUAAAUAUCAGACCCAAACCGACAAUAAAUGAUGAAGUGAAAGUGUCGACUAAAAGUGUUAGUUCUAAAGAUUUGGAAAACAAGCAGAAUGAAAAAAUGUCAGUUUUAGAAUUAGAUACUGAUAAAAUAGUUUUUAAUGCUCAGGAAAAUAAUCUCUUAAAAAAAACAUAUCAAGAGAACUUAAAUAUUAACGAUGUUUAUGUAAAUGAAAAAAAAUUCAACAAUUUAAAGUUCCUCGAGUCUAAAAAUUUUGACAAAGUGGAAGAAGAUGUAUCUCAGGAUGUAAAUUUGGAUGGUAUGACUACAAAAUUUAACGGAAUAUUUAUUAAGAAUAAUCCAGAUUAUUUUAGUCAAAAGGUAAAAAAUGGAAAUGUGGAAGAGCAUCCUUUAGGAUCUAGUGAAAAUCCAAUUCAACUCGUUCAAACAGGACAUACAUUUCACAGUGCAAAAAAGAAUUCAAUUUUCGAUCCGAAAACCAACACAAGAAUCGUUUAUAGAGUUGUUUAUCCAGAAGAUGUUGAAUUAAAGGGCGCCGUCAAACCUGCGUCUGAAGGCAUAUCAAAAAAAGAAGAGGAGGAAAUACAAAAAAAAAUACUUUCUUUACCGAGAGGACCUGGAAGACCGAAAAAAUCCGUGACUUCCGUUAUGGAUGAAGAUGUAUCUGAUGAGGAAAUGGAUGAUUCUUUACCAAAGAAAAAAAUUCCGAGAACUCGUUCUGGAAGACUUUCAAGACCUCCGAGAUAUAUGGUUAAAGAUUACAAGCAGCUUCCCAAUUCGGAUACCGUAGAAAAGGGGAAUUGCGAUGUUAAAUCCGAAGAUAUUUAUUCUUUCAAUUUAUGCGGAAAAGUUACAUCUGUGGAUAAACCUGACAAUGUUCAAGACUUACAAUUAGAAAAUAAUUUAUUGCCUGGUUUAAGGCCGCGGCAAAGAACGAAAAGAAACGUAAAACCGGAAUACCGUUGUCCUACGUGUCAAAAAAUUUACUUAGGUCAUACAAGAAUGAUGUGGCAUUUAAAUAAAUUUCCCGAUCACUGUAAUGUUGAAAAAUAUAAAGAGAAUUAUUUUCGAAAAAGAACUGAAACAAAAGUAAGGCGUGCAGCCAGAAGACUGAAUAUGUGUAAUAUUACUAGCAAAGUCAAACAGGCUUUGAAUUCAAUGUCAAAAGAAGAAUUAAAAGCUUUGUGUGGGCCUCUUUUAGCCAAUGCAUUAACUACGUGGGAUUUUCUUUUGCUACGCGUUAAUCUUGUAAAGGAUGGGAAAAAAGACGAAGUCGAUGCUCUUUUACAAGAGUUAAUUUUUUUAUUAGAAAAACUUACAAAAAUAGCCGAAGAUAUUUUCUUACCAAUCGAUCGAAUGGAAGUGGCAAUUGCUUUAGGACUUCCUGUAGGUUUCUACAAAGUUAACAGUGACAAUCUGAAUUUACUUCAGUGGCCUUCAAAAACAUGUGAUAAAAAAAAAACGGAAAAGGAACAAGUUCAUCAAAAUAAUGUUGAUGUCGUUGAUCAUAAUUCUGAUUUUUUAGAUCAAAAAAGUAAAGAUGCGGAAGACAAUUUAUUUCCUGAAAAAUGUAAUGGUUGGGAUGACAGCGAACAUUCUAAAGAACAAUUGACCGAAAAUCCUCCUUAUUGGUUAGAAAACAAAGUAAAAGAAAGAAAUGAAUGGGAUGGUCCCGAAAGUGAAAUUAAAACUCUUUCGACAAAAUUCGAACCAAAUCUAUCAUCUAAAUUAUUGGAUUCUUCAAAUGACAGCAUCGACGAUGUCAAAUAUGAAGAACCGGAUGAUCGACUUGUAACUCUCGAUUCCGAUUUAAAGGAUGUUGAACAAAGUAACUCUUCCGAUAAUUUAGAACAAUCUCCUAAUAUAAAUUUAGAAAAAAAUAGUGAAAUACUUUCCGACGCGGUUCGCAAACACGGGGAUGAUGAAGACAAAUCUACAUUGUGGAACGAAAAUUCUUCGGAUAAAAUUUCGGCGGAAUUGUGGAAUGAAAAUUCUUCGAGAGAAAAAUGGGAUAGAAAUUCGGAUUUGGUUCAAACCAAAGAUUCUCCCGGAUUGUGGACAAACGAAAAUGAUAACAUAAAGAAUUCGAAUGAAAAAUCAGGGUCUCAUUUAUGGAAUGAAAAUUCAAAUAUUACGUCCACGGUAAAAGUAGAUGAAACAAACUCUCAAUUUUUGGAUAGUCUUUUAUCAGUGCCGAAUUCCAAUGAAUUUUUGACGAACGAAAGCGAAAGUUUUCUUUCUGAAAAUAUAGAAUUGAUAAAUGAUAAAAGUGAAAAUAUAAAAUCAAGUAAGGUGGAGAAAAAUUCGAAAGAGAAGAAUGAAUGGAGUAUGAGAGGAGUGUGGGAUACGGAAAAAAAUUCUGGAUGGAAUAAAGAGGAAUCAAUUAUAUCUGGAGGGCUUCAAGAGAGAAUGCCUGGAGUUAGAACUUCGAGCAGACUGACAUCGACGCCCGAAGGUAACGGUAAUAUUAAUUUUACCAUUCCGAGCCGUAGAAAUUCAAUUUCGGAUUUUAGCAAUAUUAAUUUAGAAUCUGCGAAUUUGGAUAUUGUUUUACCCUCGGCGAAAACGCUAAUAAAAGACUGUUUAAAAAACGACGAGGAAAAAUUCGAUUUAAAAAAAGGUUCGUUCUUGGAAAAUUCCGAUAAUUUCAAAGUUAAAAAUUGGGAGGGAGAUUCUUCGAAAUCUGAUUUUUCAUCCGGAAACGUUAAUUCGGAAGAUUUUAUGAAAAUCGCGUUGGAAAGUUUAACGUCUCAACACGACGUCAUCAACGUUCCUUCGUCGAAUUUCGAUUCCGCGAUAGAAAUUUUAAAUCCGACCCAAGAAUCGGGAAAUUUGAAUUUAUUUUCGGGAGGAGAAGCGGACGGAUUAGAUUUUAAUUUACCACUACCGGAUCAUUUACUUCGAACAAAUGAUUUCACCGGUGGUAAUUUUCAAACGACGUGUGCACCUUCUUUUCCCAGCUCUGCCGAAUCUUCGAAUUUUCUAUCAAACGCGAAUAACAUUUUCGAAACGACAAAUAAUACUUUAACAAAUUCUAUAAAAUACGAUCAAUACGACGGUCAUUAUUCGAAUAAAAAAACGAAAUCUCUCGAUGACGUCAUGGAAUUUUUCGAUGCGAAAGCUCCGUUUAACGGAUACGAAGACGGAAGUGAAAAUUCUAGCAUGAAUAAUUUUUCAUUCGAAUCCGAAUCGACGCAUAAUAAAAUGGAGGAAUAUAAUACCGUUUCCGGUAAUACGAUAGAAGAGCAUCAUCAUAAUUGUAAAGCUAAAAAAAAAACGCGUGUGAAAAAAUUUUCCGGAAUGAAAAAAAAUCAUAAAUCAAUUAAUAAAAAAAUUAUUAAAAAUAGGAAAAUGGUUUUGGAUUAUCCAAAAUCCAACACGAUCGAAAGUAUUAUUAACGAAGCUUUAUUCGAUAGUUGCGCAUCAAAUGCGAAAACUCUUCAAAUCCAAGAUUCUAGUCCUAAUUGUAAUAGAAACGUAAUAACAAAUUCAAGGGAAAAUUUUUCGUUGCCCAUAAUAACAGGUUCAUUAGAUGAAGUCGAUGAAAAUUUAGAUUUUUUAAAUCAGGAUUAA